CCUCCACCCUUCAAGGGGUGGACUCAAAAAUUCUCCUCGUUCUUGUCAUAGGCUCCUUCGGAUUUUGACACACAGGCAACAGCCACUAUUGCAAAAUGGUACGAAAGGGUUCCAAGAAGGUCAGGACCGGGUGCAUCACCUGCAAGGUCCGCAAGAUCAAAUGUGACGAGACCAGGCCCUGUUGCCGGCGUUGCACAAAUACUGGCCGCAAUUGCGAUGGCUACGCACCUCAGGGCCGCCAGCCCACGCCGGCGGCUCAUCUGGCCGUGACCUGUCAAUACUUGAGAACGAAGACGGAAUGUAGAGGACUGCAGUACUUCUGCGAGGUUGCCGCGCCACGCCUAUUGGGCCCCAAGAGCCCCUAUUUCUGGACCCACCUAGUGAUGCAGCUCAGCGAGUCAGAGCCAGUAGUGAAGCAUUCCCUGCUGGCAAUCAGUUCUCUCUAUGAGACUCAGGAAGCCCAAAAGACACCACCAGCUAUGCCCAGCCUUGCAUUACAGCAUUACAACUCUGCGAUUCAAGGACUCAAAACCACUCAGAGUGAUGUCUUGGCACUAUUAGGGUGUAUCUUAUUCACCUGUAUAGAACUUCUGCAAUCGAAUAAUAGAACGGCUAUUCGGCAUUGCGCCCAUGGCAUUGCUAUCAUGGAACGUUGCAACAACCCUUGGGCUCGAGAGCAUCUGGUCCCCAUAUUCCGACGGAUCAGUGUCUUGCCCCUACUCUUCGGCAGUGAUUCUACAGAACUUAGCCGCUCUAUGGUCCUGGGGUUUGUAAUUCCCUCGAAGUUCGACAGUCUGGAAGAUGCACAGGUGAUGACAGAUGACAUUUUUAACCGACUAAAGCGGCUUUGUUCUAUAAAGAAACAAGGAUUACACUUCGAUCAGGACAUAGAACGAGAGUACAUCAAGUCAUUGCUGGAAAGAUGGCAAUUCUUGAUGAAAGGCCUUAAUGUCCAUGCAGCGGCACAGGCAGAUGGUGCUUGCAACGGGCAAUACACCUUAACGAUGAUGCGCUUCCAAUUAUGUCAAGCGUGUUUUGAUCUAUUAUUCUGCAGUGCAGCGGACGAUGAUGAUAAUACAAAGGCCUCUUGUGAGAUCGUCGAAUCGGCUACUUGCCUCAGUGACCUGCACACACUGUGAUCGACACAGUUUUUCUUCGAAUUAGGCUUCGCCCAUCUUGCCCUUUGUAGCGACGAGAUGUAACUGUCUGGAAAUACGGUUCCCGGCGUAUCGGUUAAUGAAGGCACUGAGUGAGACAAAGAGGCCUUUCGGUACCCGACUGAUGCAUGCUACAGCUCGGAGACGAAUAGAGACAGAACAUGACAUGAUAUUGAAUGACCUCGACUAUUCGCAGGAUGUCGCCCCAUGUUCUAAGGAAAUUCCUUGGGGAUCAAGGAAGGAGGAAUACUUGAUCGAUGAAUGACAAAACCCAGCCUCAGCACAACCCUUUCUAUCUUAAAUUGAUAAAGAAAAUUGACUGUGCAACCCAAGGUUAUGUUCUUAUGAGAUAGAAAGCCUGGUUCUGCCGUGCUGCCGGCAGGGCUGGCAUGACAUGCUCAGUCGCAUCAACCAGCAACUUUGUCGCAGAAUAGCUUAGGAUCGGGCUCAAACAUGUGUUUGAUGGUCUCAGAUACUUAUCCCAAUCCUACAAAUGCCGAAAAUUCGAAUCCACAAGAGAUACCUCUCGUUCACGUA